AAACCUGAGAUUUUAGGUCCGCGUCCUAUUUUUAGUUUUUUAGCAUUGUAUUUAUUUAAAUUAACGAUUAAAUUAAAAUGGCAAAAACUAAAAUUGAGGAUGUCGAUUUAUAUGCUAUCCUUGAUCUUACUAUCAGCGCCACAGAAACCGAGAUCAAGAAAGCAUACCGCAAGAAAGCACUACAAUGCCAUCCAGACAAAAAUCCAGAUGACCCAAAAGCAGCAGAAGCAUUUCACGAGCUCUCAAGGGCUUUGGAGAUCCUUACCGAUGCCGCCGCCCGAUCCGCCUAUGACAAAGUAUUGCGCGCUAAAGAAGCUGCAAAACUCAGGCAUAAAGAACUCGACAGUAAGAGGCAGAAACUCAAAGAAGACCUGGAAAGGAGAGAAAGAGAGGCUAUGUCUGGAUCAGGAAUCAAUCUUACAGAUGAGCAAAAACUGGCUGCUGAAAUACAAAGAUUGCAGAAGGAGGGUAGUAGACUUCUGCAGGAGGAACAAAGGAGGGUUAAAGAAGAAAUACAGAGAAGCCUCAGCCGUCUUAGUGACCCUGUGUGGGAUUCUAGUUUAAACAGAAUCAAGAUUAAAUGGAAAGCAGAUAAAACAGAUGAAAGCAAUGGUGGUUAUGAUGAGGCAAUAUUGAGAAAGUGUUUGAAAAAGUAUGGGGAUAUUGUAGCUUUAAUUGUAUCACCUAAGAAGAAGGGGAGUGCGUUAGUGGAGUUUGAUAAUAAAGAAGCUUCAGAAAUGGCCAUUGAAUUUGAAAAAGGUUUACCAGAAAACCCUCUCACAUUAAAGUGGCUAAAUGAGAAACCUGUACUAACCACAAAGCGGGAAGCUCCAGGGCCCUCACUGGUUUCAGACAGGGACUAUGAGUCACUAGUGAUGACUAAGAUGAGGCAGGCAGCAGAGAGGCAGAGGCUCAUAGAAGAAAUGAAGAAAGAAGAGUCAUGACAAACUUAAUAAAUUAUUUGGCAAAA